AUGAAGAUAGCUGCUGUCGGGUACCCCAAGCUGGCACGGGUCCUUUUGCAUGCCCAGAGUAGCUGCGGGUCCAGCUGGCUGGACCCCGCGGUGACAUCACUGGCCCCGGCGCGGGUCACGUGGCCCGCCCCCGCGUCCCCCCCGCCCCCCGCUCCUCCUCCUCCCGCCGCCUUCGGAGCGCAGGGUCCGGCCGCUGCAGACGCUCGGAGCUCUCGGCUGAGGCGCGGAGCGCGGGCCACUGGCGAGCGGGCGAACGGGCGAGCGGAACCGCAGCGGGAGCGGCGGGGGAGCCGGCAGCAGCCGCGCAAGGAGCCCCGAGCGACGCGGCCGACGGUCCUGCAAACUUGGGCGCGCGCUCGCGCCACGGCGCCCGCCGCCCGAGCGAUGAAGAUGGUCGCGCCCUGGACGCGGUUCUACUCCAACAGCUGCUGCCUGUGCUGCCAUGUCCGCACCGGCACCAUCCUGCUCGGCAUCUGGUACCUGAUCAUCAACGCUGUGGUGCUGCUGAUUCUGUUGAGUGCCCUGGCUGAUCCAGACCAGUACCACUUUUCAAGUUCUGAGCUGGGAGGCGACUUUGAGUUCAUGGAUGAUGCCAACAUGUGCAUUGCGAUUGCAAUUUCUCUUCUCAUGAUCCUGAUAUGUGCCAUGGCCACUUACGGAGCCUAUAAGCAACGCGCUGCCUGGAUCAUCCCGUUCUUCUGUUACCAGAUCUUUGAUUUUGCCCUCAACACCUUGGUUGCCGUCACUGUGCUUGUUUAUCCAAACUCCAUUCAGGAAUACAUACGACAGCUGCCUCCUAAUUUUCCCUACAGAGAUGAUAUCAUGUCCGUGAAUCCUACCUGUUUGGUCCUUAUUAUUCUUCUGUUUAUCAGCAUUAUCUUGACUUUUAAGGGUUACUUGAUUAGCUGUGUCUGGAACUGCUACCGAUACAUCAAUGGCAGGAACUCCUCUGAUGUCCUGGUUUAUGUUACCAGCAAUGACACUACGGUGCUGUUACCCCCGUACGAUGAUGCUGCUGUGAACAGCACUGCCAAGGAGCCGCCACCACCUUAUGUGUCUGCCUGAGCCCUCGAGUGUGGGGGCCUGAGAACAGCAGCUUGAUUUCCAGAUGUCAGAGCAAUAGUUCUUUCUUUGCACUUCUGGGAUGAGCUCUCUGAGCUUAUUUGUUGCUGAAAUGCUCCAGUUUUUAAAUGUAGAUGUUAAGUGGAGACCCUCUUUAGUUUUAAGCAUACGCUUCGGCUAGAGCACGGUGAUAGACUCACUGUAGAGUUCUCUGUGUGUGUCGGGGGGGAGGGGCGCAGUGGGCUUCCCUUGUCUUCCCGGGGGUUCCCUAGGCAUUGAACCUUCCCAGCAGUCUGGAUGAGCCCGGAGUCAGAGAAGUCUGGUUUUGUCCCUGCUGGGCCUCAGAGUCAGGGAAUUCAUCACAUUUUUUCUCUGUGUUCCCUCUUACCUCUUUUGAAAGUGUAAAAUAAAAUCAGAAUUAGAGAAUGCUUUUCUUAAGCCAUUCCAGUAUUUGAACAAACCCUCCAAACCUUAUAGAACAGGCAUAUCAAUUGUGUGAUCAUUGCUCUAAUUAGGGAAAUAGGAGUCCAUAUCUAUAUAAAUAAAACAAGAAUUUCCUUAAGAUU